AGGGCGGGGCGUUCCUCAUCAAGCCCCGCCUUCCCUUUCGGGGUCCCGAGACGUCGCUCGGGCUUUGACGUCCCUACGCAAGAGGAGCGCGGCGCGCGUGCGCAUGACUCAGUUGCCCAUGGUAACCAGGAGCCGCGUAGAGGAUGGGUUUGCUGUCAAUUCUGCGUAAAUUGAAGAGUGCACCAGACCAGGAGGUCAGGAUCCUCCUUCUGGGACUGGAUAAUGCAGGGAAGACUACACUUUUAAAACAGCUAGCAUCUGAAGAUAUUACCCAUAUCACUCCAACACAGGGAUUUAACAUUAAGAGUGUACAAGCGCAAGGUUUCAAGCUGAAUGUAUGGGAUAUUGGUGGACAGAGGAAGAUCAGGCCGUACUGGAGGAAUUAUUUUGAGAAUACUGAUAUCCUGAUUUACGUCAUUGACAGUGCUGACAGAAAGAGAUUUGAAGAAACAGGCCAGGAGCUGGCAGAGCUCGUGGAUGAGGAGAAACUGAGUGGUGUUCCUGUACUCAUCUUUGCAAACAAACAAGAUUUGCUGACGGCAGCUCCUGCAGCAGAGAUUGCAGAGGGUCUGAAUUUGCACACAAUCCGUGACAGAGUUUGGCAGAUUCAGUCCUGCUCCGCCCUCACGGGAGAGGGAGUGUCGGACGGCAUGAACUGGGUCUGCAGAAAUGUAAAUGCAAAGAAGAAGUAAGUUGAACUGAGUUGCAUGGAAGUGGAGGGGCUGCCAAAGCCAAAUGCAUUAGCAAGCUGCUGGUGUCUGACCAAAUAUUCUUUUCCAUCUGUGUGAGGCUACAGCUGUUAGGGAUGGGAACAGCAGCAAAGCCUUCCACUCAAAUUGGAACUUCACCUGCUCUCUAGCAUCAUUCCCUCUCCCCGCAAAAAUGAAUUUCUUUCUCGUUCUCUUUUUUCACCUAAGUUAUAUUAAAAGUCUCCAUCUUCAUUUGACUGAACAGUGAGGUUUGAAAACAGAAUCAGAUUGUGGUUUGGCAUAAAGAUCUUUUAAAUGGGAUCACAAAACUAGAACGAUAAUAGCAAUGUAUAGAGAAGGCAGUAUCAGUCUGCAAAUCACUCAAGAUGCUCCCCUGGUUUUGUUCAAAGUUUUUCUGAUAAACCACUUCUUUGUUAACAUGUGUGCUUCAGUUUUAACAGUCAUAAAUUCCUUGGUACAGUGGUGUGAGGACCGCAGUGCAAUCUCACAAAGAUCAUUUAUUAUAACAAUAUGUCCAGGUGUUUCAGUCCAUUUUUUUCACAAAUACACGUGCUGUAGCUUCAGUUCUUAAACUAUAAGAAGCAUCCUGCACAAGGUAUGCUAUAAUUUAUUCAAAUAAAACAGUAUCAGGCUACAGUGGCAUGUUGCAUUUAUGGUUGGCACAAACAUUUCCAAUAAUUCAGUCUCAGUAGAGCCAAGAUUUUUUUUUGGCAUGCAGUCUGUUGGACUAUAUCAAUUCACAGAAUGAGGAUGGGAGUUUAACAACAUUGUGGCAGUCAAUUUAGUGUGCAAAGUCUUACUGCAAACAGCUGUUAACAGUUUUCUUUGUCCUUUUUGACGUGCUUUAAGGCAGGUUUUGAUUCAGUGUUCCUGAGACCUACAUGCGACAUGGCAAAUGUGUUUAUCUCAGGCAAUUCAAACAGUCACAGACUGAGAGAUUAGCCAGGUCAUUGUGGUGGCUCUCUCCAUAUGAAUUGCUGCUGAGGCUGUACAGUCAGUUUAUUGCCUGCUUUGGAAGUCUGCACUGCUUCUGCACAUUCAGUUUUGAACUAAAUUGCUCACCAGCUAUACAGCUAUACAAAAUGUAACAGCAGACAUAUUUUUGAAGAGAGAGAUUCCUAAUUUUAAGAAAUAUUUCGUCAGUCUAAUUAGAAGUUUCUAGAGAAAUGCUCAUUCUGGUGAGAAAAGGGUCAUUGCAUUCAUUCUGAAUGCAAGAAGAGAAACCCUUAGUCUGUCUAUAACGACACAUAGAAUAUCCACUGGGAAGAUGGCAUCCUGUCCUUUGAAGAAUAGGCAUAUUUAAACCUGACAAAUCUUAGCAUAUUGCUACAGCACCUAGAUAUGGGAUAGGAGGCUGCUUCUCACAUCUACGUCAUCUGCUCAGUUUGUCAAUGUUCACAGUAAUUUGGCGAGGCAGCCUUGCAUGCAAUGAGUUUAGUAUGCAGCUUUCAGAUUAGAGCAAGAAUGUUGGCUUAAAAUUGCUGUGGCAGCUAUAAAGCUCGCUCUCAUUCUUGGUGGAAGGGAGUAAGCUUGAUUUGCUAAACCUCAGACUUUUAUGUGCAUUUUGGUAAAAGUCAGGGAACAUAAUUUGUGAAUAUAAUCUGUUGUCACUACUUUGAGGUACAGGAUUUCCUCCCUACUAAUCUAGAAAUAGGAGCUAGAAACAUAGCAACUGUCAUAACUUCUCAUCCAUUUGGAUUUGAACUUUUUAUUGCUUUGCAAUGGGCAUAAAUCCUAUAUUAGAUAUAUUAAAUUGCUAUCUCACCUAAUUCAUAAAGUUUGGGACUGAAAUAACACCACAAACAUACACUAUGAAAACCAGGGAGAAUAUAAUAAAGCACAAAUAAUCUAAAUCAGUUUAUUAGAAGUCCCCAAAUAUGACAGCUAACAAUAUGUAUAGUCACAGCCUCUUAAAUUCACUUAAAACAUACUGCUCUUUUUCUGUUGGGAAGCUGGUGGCACAGUUCAUAAACUUUUAAAAGUACAGUCCUUCUGUCCUUUUUCCCCACACCUGAAGUCCAGUUUUUAAGUGGGGGAAGGUAGCCAACUGUUGUAACUACUUGUUGGAAAAGUUUAGAAUUUCAUGGCAUAAUGUCAAUAAAAUUAUCCCCUAAAACCCAAGAUACCUCAUCCUGUCUUUUCAGUUCAGAGAAAAUAUGUUUUCUUAAUAGUCUGUGCACUAACCAAAAGAAGCACACAACUCAUAAUCUGUGAAGCAACCUGCAACUUCUAUAUUUUGCAUACAAGUUGCAGUUCUCCAAACCAUCAAAUGGUAAAUACAGCAUUUCACAAUUUUAUCCUUAUUCUGUCCCUGCCUCUUCUCUUCCUAUAAAUGUUUGAAGAUAUUUUGGGGGGAAUCUUACUAAGGCAUGAGCAACUCCUCAAACCAGGAGACAUCACUGUGGUUCAUCAAUUUUGAUAAGCCUCCAAAACCUGCUUACUAUUUUUAAGCUAUUUAAGAGCUACACAGGGUUGGCCUGAUGACACCAGAGGCCAAUAUGUUGUCUUGGAAAAUCACCUCUCCUGGCUGGAUGCUUCACAAGAUACAUGCCAAGAAGUAGGACAAUUAUGGAACAAUCUCUCUCUUAUUCCUAGCAAAAAAAGAAAAGACUGUUCUGAUUACAAGAAUUCAUAUCUUCUGACUAUUUCAGUCAACAACUAUUUUUCAACCAAUGGUCCAUGAUUUUAUCUAAUCUUUUUUAUCCUGCUACUGUUAUCAGCACUCUGAAUAUUUCUGGUGAGUUCAGCAGGUACUGUGGGAAAGCAUUUCCCAUUACUUAAGUACCAUAAGAGACAUGCUUUGAGUCCUUGGCAGGCUAAUUCACUAGUAAAUUAUCCUCUUUUUCUAAAGAAAUGCAUAUUUCCUGUCUGAAUGUCACUAUAUAAGAUGUCUUAUAAGGCAAGCCAGAAUGGCUGAAGUAUAGUUGAGAGACCUGUGUAAUUGUUCACAUAUUAGAAUGAAAAGAGAGCAUGGUUCAUGUGACUUAAUUACUUAUUCUUUUAAUUAUACAUGGCUCAGUCUGCUCUUUGAACAGACUUUUCCUGUAUGCCAGAUUAUGUUCAGAUGCUUUCUAAAGCCAUAGUGGUAAAUCUGAUCCAGUGUACCAUCUUUGCUUUUUCAUUCUGUAUUACUUUAGGGUACAUCCAAUUUGUAUGAGUUCUUUGUUUUCUUACCUCCUUUCUGAAGUUAAUUAAAAGGGAGUGAGAUGAUAUUUGGUGACGUUACGCCUCAGUGUAUAUGUUUAGAUGUUUGGCAAUAAAAUUUGGUAGAAAUGACAAA